UUCCGAUCAGGCAUUUGAAAGAAGCAUGAUGUUUCUCAAACUAUACUGUAGCCUUCUCGUCUUUUGCAUUAGCUGUGUAUUUUGUCAGAAUACUACAAACAGUUCUCAUCAAGAGACCGUAUCCGAUCUGCAGAAUAGAGUGUCCAUACUGGAGAAAACUGUGUCAAAAAUGCUGACCGGAAAGGACAACACGAACCUCACAAGCAUCAACACCUUAAAGGUAGCAAGUGGAGGUAUACCUGUCUUCAAUAAUACACCGGUAACAUUCUCUGCGAAGUCAAAUAGUAAAUCUGGAAUAGGACCUGGAUUCAUCCUUCAGUUUCCUAAUAUAAUUAACAACCAGGGAAAACAUUACAACCCGACAAAUGGAAUAUUUAUCGCUCCUGUCCACGGCCUUUAUUUGUUCCACUGGACCAUGCAAUGCUACUAUAGUGGGAGUACCCACUGUAGCACAGCUCUUAAAAUAAAUAAUUCAAUAAAAGGAAAAGUUCGUUCGAGUGAAAAUGGUGGUGGUUAUUACCAUACAGGGUCCAAAACAGUGUUUGUAGAGGUUGAGGCAGGAAACCAUGUGUGGAUCGAAAACAUAGAAAAUUCUGACGUUUAUAUUUAUUCUGAGUCCUCGUUUGGUGGAUCACUGUUGUUGAUCUUGUGAACAAUUACACCUGCAACCCCAAGCCCAAUGACCUGACAAAUAAUGCUAUUUGAUUUUUAUUAUACAAUAUUCAAAAUAUCGAUAAAUAUCUAAGAUUUCUUUUAUUAUUUUUUUGUUAUAGUCAAAACUAUUGUAAAAAAAACAACAAUGUCACAAUUUUAACUGCUUUGGAAUAGAGGUGUAGAUAUUUUGGGUGAAAUAUUUAUAGACUCAUUUGAAAUUCGUUUUCUUUUUACAUACUUCUAAAACAUUAUUAACACAUAUUAUGAAUUAAAGAAUUUCAAUAAACAUCAACAUUUCAGUCUUAAAUCAAUAGAGUAUUUACCACAAAGAUUAAAAUAUUUUGCUUAGCGUUCAACUUGCACACUGACAAUGGGUUUACAAAAGCCAAAAGGUAAAUUAUUUUGAAGCAAAAUCAGAUCUCACCCAUUUUAUAUAGUCACAUUAUGUUUGAUCUUUUUUUAAAAUAAAUGUGGUUUUUGAAA